AUGCGUCGCGCCCUCGAGCGCGCGAGCGCACUCGCUCUUCGCCCGCUCGCCCCGGCCGGCGUCCGCGUCAGCGUCCGCGGCGUGCAGUGGAAGGCGGACGACUGGGAAAACUAUGAAUUCGAUGAACAGUCGCGAGACGCACCGAAACCGCCGGCACCGGCGACGCCGGCGCCCUGGAAGCCCGAGAAACCGAAACCGAAGAGCGGCGCACGCGGAGCGACCGCGCCCGGGAUCGCGCCCAAGCUGGAGAAGACGGGACCGGCGGCCGGGAACGCGAACACGGUGCCAGAGGUGACGGAGGCGGACCGGGACAAGCUGAGCUCGCAGUCGCACCUGGCGCGCAUGAUGACGGACGGCGCGUCGUUCGUCGAGCACGGCGUGGGUGGUUUGGAUAAGGAAUUUGCGAAUAUUUUCCGUCGAGUCUUCGCCUCGCGCAUGGUGGACGUGAACAUCGCUCGAAGGUUGAAGCUGCAACACGUCAGAGGGGUGCUCCUGUACGGGCCGCCGGGAACGGGUAAGACGCUCGUGGCGAGACAGUUGGGGAACAUGCUCAACGCGCACCCGCCAAAAAUCGUGAAUGGUCCAGAGAUUUUACAAAAGUUUGUCGGACAGAGCGAGGAGAACAUUCGCGAGCUAUUCGCUGACGCGGAGAAGGAGGCGAAGAUGCGAGGCGACAAGAGUCAGCUGCACAUCAUCGUCUUCGACGAGAUCGACGCCAUCAUGAAGGCUCGAGGUACGGGCGGGGAAACUGCGAGCGUGGUGCACGAUAACGUGGUAAACCAGCUCUUGACCAAGUUGGACGGUAUGCACGCGCUGAACAACGUGUUGAUUGUCGGUAUUACCAACCGCAAGGACUUGCUCGAUCCCGCGCUCUUGCGACCGGGUCGUUUGGAGCUUCAGGUCGAGGUCGGACUUCCGGACGCGCACGGCCGAGAGCAAAUUCUGCGCAUCCACACCAACGCCAUGGCGAGCGAGGGCUUACUCGGCGAUUGCGUUGACUUGUCGGAGCUCUCCAAGCAAACGGUGAACUACAGCGGCGCGGAGCUGAAGGGUCUCGUCGGAGCUGCGACGUCGUACUCGCUCACCAGACACAUCAAGGCGAGCGCUGAAUUCGAUCAAGCGGACAGCGCUGAGGCACCCGUGGUGCUCAUGCAAGACUUCUUGAGUGCUCUCGAGGAAGUGCCACCGGCUAUGGGCGCUGACGCCGCGACGCUCGAGGCGAUGCGCCCAGAUGGUUUCGUCGAGCUCGAGCCGGCAGCCGCGCACGGCGAAGCCGAGGAACAACUCAAAACAAUCGUCAACGCCAUGCGAGACGGUGCGACGGAUCACAUGACGUGCAUGAUCUCCGGCCCGACGGGAUCUGGUAAGACGGCGCUCGCGGCCACGGUGGCUCUUGCGAGCGAUUACCCGUACGUGAAGGUUGUCAAGCCGGACAGCGUCAUCGCCAACACGCCGGGCGGAAGUGGAACUACGGAUGACGUCCUCACCGCCGCCGUGAAGGCGUCGUUCGAGGACGCCAUGAGAUCCACGCUCAGCUGCUUGGUUAUCGAUUCAGUUGAGACACUCGUCGGCGUCGCUCCCGGUGACGGCAGCGAAGGCGUCAACGUUGCGCACCCGAAGGCCCUGGCAACGCUCAGCGCACUUUUACAGCGCAAGCCACCGCCUGGUCGCAACCUGUUGGUCCUCCUCACAACGUCGUCGCCGAAGACGCUCGAGCGCUUGGGCUUGGGAGCUGGCGGCAUCAUCGACGCCGACGUGGUCGUUCCCACGCUCACCACCGAUCAAUCUGCGAGCGCUUUAGUCUCUGUCGGUGCAUUCGCCGACGUCUCCGCCGCGCGCGAGGCCGUGACGUCGCUCGGUCGCGACACCGUUCCCAUCAAGUCGUUAUUAUCCACGGCGCGCGUCGCCAAGGCGAUGUCCCAAUCCGGCGUCGACCUGGACGCGUGGCGUCGUGCCUCCCAGCGCACGCGUCUCGCCCGCAGCUGA